AUGGGUUCCGAAAAGGAAUUAGAAGCGGACGUGACGAUAAGCGUGGUUGGCGGCGGCAGUGCUGCCGCCCGCGGCCUCCAAGAAGAGUCCUUGAACCAGGCGACGAUGACUGAAAAGGAGACUGACCAAAGACAACGUCACAUCUUCACCGCUGCAGAUGAUUUGGAAAAGGCGGAAGAGGCGCGGACGGAGGGGGGAAGGAGCUCCGGCAUUGAGGACGCGACGGACGGCGAGCAGCGGUCACAGGAGGACACCCUCGUCGAGCCCAUACAGACGACGCGCUCCCGCCUCUCCCGCAUUACAAGCCUCGUCUCCCGCCGUAAGGACAAGGACAAGGACAAGGAUGGCGGCGGCGGCGGCGGCGACGACGAUGCCCUCCCCGCCACGGUUCACCCCCUCACUGACCUCUCCGCCGGCCUGGUCGGCUGGGAUGCCCAGUCCGAUCCCGCCAUGCCCAUGAACUUCCCUCGGGCCCGCAAGUGGCUCAUCAUCUGGUUUCUGUCGGGCAUCACCUUCAUGACGCCCUUCGCAUCCUCGAUCCUCGCCCCGGCCAUCGGCCGCUUCAACGAGGACUUGGGAAAUGAUGACCUUACCGUCGGCACCCUCCCCGUAAGCAUCUACCUGCUCGGCUACGCCGUCGGUCCGCUCUUUCUCGCGCCCCUGUCCGAGGUGUACGGCCGACGGCCCGUCCUCGAUGCCGCCAACCUCUUCUUCUGCGCAUGGCUCAUCGGCUGCGCCCUCGCUCCCUCCAUCGCCUCGCUCGCCAUAUUCCGCUUCCUCACGGGCGUUGGUGGCUCCGGCUGCCUCGCCAUCGGCGGCGGCGUCAUCGCGGACAUGUUCCCCGUCGCGGAGCGGGGCCUCGCCAUCUCCAUCUGGAUGGUCGGCCCCUUAAUCGGCCCCACCCUGGCGCCCGUCGCGGGCGCCUACAUCGCCCAGAACCUUGGCUGGCGCUGGUGCUCGUGGAUCGCCCUCAUCGCUGCCACGCCCAUGGCGCUCAUCAUCGCCGUAUUCAACCAGGAGACCAACCCGCGCGUCCUCAUCGACCGCAAGGUCGCCCGCCUACGCGCGGAGCUCGACCGCCCCGACCUCCGCAGCGUCUACGACGACCCCCCGUCGCCGGCGGGCACGCCCAAGCCCACCUCCGCCCAGGUCCUCUUGCGGGCGCUCAGCCGGCCCCUGAAAAUGCUCUUCCGCUCUCCGAUCCUAUUCAGCGUGAGCCUCUACUGUGCCUUCGCCUACGGCGUGCUCUACCUGCUCUUCAGCACCAUCCCCCUCGUCUUCACCGCCACCUACGGCUUCUCCGUCGGCAACACUGGGCUCGUCUAUAUCCCCCUCGGCCUCGGCUACCUCAUCGGCAUGGCCUUGUUUACCACACUCUCCGACCGCACCGUCGUCCGCAUGACAAAGGCCAACGGCGGCGUCUACGAGCCCGAGAUGCGCCUCCCGGACUGCAUCUACUUCGCCGCUGUGCUGCCCGUCACUUUCUUCUGGUACGGCUGGACCGCCGAGUUCAAGACGCAUUGGGCCGCGCCCGUCGUCGGGCUGCUGCCGUUCGGCAUCGCGAUCCUGGGAAUCUGGCAGCCCAUACAGGCCUACGUCAUCGACGCGUACCCGCUAUACGCCGCCUCGGCAAUGGCGGCCUUUACGGUUUUCCGCAGCGUCGUUGCGGCGUUUUUACCCAUGGCCGGGCCGCCAAUGUACGACGCCCUCGGGCUCGGCUGGGGGAAUAGCGUGCUGGGUUUCAUUGCGGCUGCACUCAUACCCGUUCCGGCGCUUAUAUAUAAGUACGGAGGGCGGAUAAGGAAAUGGCAGGAGCUGCAGCUUUGA